AUGGAAAUGAAUACGGGCAUAAAAACAGGCACGGGCGCUACAGGUGGUAGCACUGGGCCAAACGUUGAUACUUCCGAGUCUACCGCUUCUGUGGCACAAGUACACUCAACUUUGCGGACGGAGGAAAAUAGCGCCAACCGACCCUCGCCAGCGAGAUCUCCACAGCCAACAAUAACAAGCCCAAGAGCUCUGAGCUACACUACCGAGACCCAGUGUGGGUCCCAUGUCCGGAUUGAGAGCGUGGAUUCUGUCGGCGGGAGCAGUUCACUGCCGGAAUAUCGCUCCCGAGAGGUGUCAAUAGUAGGUGGACGAAAUAAUGUAGAAGAAGCGCUCCCUUCCUCAAACUUUGAGAUGGAACCCGGGAAGACUUGGUUAACGGAGUAUGUGUUAAUGGACAAGAGAUUAUAUGGCUGGGGCAGGGAGACAUCCGCAGCUUGGAUCGUUGCUCUCGGCCUUUGCCAUAAUAGCCCUAUCAUCCAAUCAUCACCACAUCUGAGAUUUGUCAACACCUUGGAUGUCAUGGACGAAGCGAACGCCAAAAAAGCUUUCUAUAUUGCUCGUCGAUUUCUUAAUUGGAAUGAAGCUGCCUUUUGA